AUGGUGGAGCCUCUGUCUUUAGCUGGGAUACUGAUCGCGAUUCCGCCAGUCGCUGCAGCCUUGAUAACAAUUGCUUCCGACAUCAAAGAAGCUAGGAAAGACAUACAGAACCUAGUGGGUGAUCUUUUCACUCUCAAAGGAGUACUGGAAUAUGUGCAGUCCGUGCGAAUAAUAUCUUUUGAUAAGGAGAAACACAACUUCGACUCGGCACAGUUCGAUGGCCUAUUACACGAUGCAGGGUCUAUUUUGGCUGCGCUGAAGUUGUCUCUGAAGGUUGGCGAUUCAGUGGUCGCGCAGAAGUGGAAAAGCAUCAAGUGGCAUUUCAAGAAGACAGAGGUUCUGGAACAUCGUCAACGCUUGGAGGAGGAACUACAACCAAGCAAUCUUGGACGAAGUGGCUCAACUACGGACCGAGGUUUCGAGCGACAGGAAGGCUGCUGUGUUGUGGCUGCAAGGAAAGUGGCGCGCUCCGCGGAACAGCUUAGCUCUGAGAUCAAUCGACAAGAUUCAACAGUUUGCACACGUUUCUACUGCUCCUUUGGCACUCUGGCAUCACAACAGUUGGUCAAUAUCCUUGCAUCGAUAUUAGUCCAGGCGUGCGAGGCGAUCCCUUCAAUGUACGACAAAAUUUCAACAAAGUAUGCGGAAGCAGCCAAUGCGCAACAGCCCCGUAGCGUUGAAGCCAGCGAACUUCUUCAAAUCCUCGUCGAACACGUGACCAAAGUUUCUCGCUUUUACAUCUGCAUAGAUGCGGUCAACGAGAGCACUGAGGCCGAAAUCAUUCAGAAGACCAUGGGUGGUCUCGCAGGGAAGUGUAAAAACAUUCGACUGUUCAUCACUAGCACACAUGAACCUCACGAGUCAGCCUUUAGAGAAGCCAGAUUUAUAACUAGCACAAUGAAGGCGAAUCUCGUAGACCAUGACAUAGCCACUUAUCUCGACGAGGAAAUCACUACGAGCGAUGAGUUGAGAAAAUGCGAUCCAUUGGUCCGUGAAGAAAUUCGUCGGACUAUCCUUGGUCGAUCCAGUGGAGUAUUCCGAUUCGCGGAGUCUCAGCUACAAUUGACACGCAUCGCAGCACAACAUACGGGACGUGAAGUCCGGCGACAACUUUCGCGCAUGCCUAGCAGCCUGAAUGAGACAUACGUACGCAGCUUGGGUGGUCAUAUCAAUAACCCUAUCCAUCGCAGGUACUUGCGUACUAUGCUUCUAUGGCUCAGUUUCGCCACUCGUCCCCUCACUCUGAGGGAGCUUAGUGAGGCGAUAGUGGUUGAAGACGAGGACACCGACCUGGAUGAACAAUGCAGACUCCAUGACCCAAAUGUCUUGCUGCAGCUUGGUCAGGGCCUGGUGGAGCUUGAUAAAUUCACUGGCUUUGUGUCGCUCGGUCAUUCCUCUGUGAAGACUUGCCUGACCUCAACCUACAUCCAGAAUACGGAAGCUGCAGACUUCGCACUCAACGAGACGAAUUCUCACGACCUUAUCAUGCGUACCUGUGUCACGUAUCUUCGUUUCCGACCAUUCAGGAUUGACUCCAGGAAUACUUUCGAUACACUUUCAGCUCGAUAUCCAUUACUGUCUUAUGCGGCACUGAAUUGGCCCCUGCACAUCACCGGAACUGGCACAGCGACUCUGGAGGGAGUCAGACACUUAAUUUCUACACAGCAUAUGCCCAGGGGUGGAGCUUAUGCAUUCUGGAUUUUGUACGUGUCGAGAAACGUUCCUCUCGGCGUCAUUCUUCAAACAUCCCCACUUUACUAUGCUUCAUCGUUUGGGUUCACCAAACUUGUGGCAGUCCUGCUUGCAGACAGCCAUGGAUUGGAUCUUGAGAGACCGGAAGGACGUGUAGGCUCCACUGCCCUUCAGGUUGCAUGCUUCCGCCGCCAGAAGGGCGUGGUGAAACUCCUUGUCGAAGCGGGCGCGAAUUCAUUUUCUCCUGACGGCUCAGGCGUUGAAGGCGGAUUUUCCUCGCUCUUUUGGGCAAAAAACAACGGCUGGGAUGAUAUCGUGGAGUUAAUGAUUGAGCAUGGUGUUGCAAACAAACACAACUACCGAGACCGUUCUCAUGGGGUUUAUGCCGUCGAUCUCGCGAAGAAAGUUCAGGCGGUGUCACUUCAAGAUACGCAUGCAUGCUCGACGGUCGAAUCGUUAAUAUGUACGAAAGAAGAAUAG